AUGGCAAAAUAUAGCAAUCUAUCGAUAAAUAUCCCAUUGCUCAAGGCGAUCCAAGAGAUAUUGGGAUACCCUAAGUCAAUGAAAAAGUAUAUUUCCAAGAUGAAAAUUAUUCAAGGUGACACCAUUGAGGUGACUCAUGGGUGUAGUGUUAUCAAGGAUAGUACGGUUACGGAAAAGAAAGAUGACCCCAGAGCAUUCACCAUCCCUUGCAUAAUUGGGAUGCAUGAGUUUGCAAAAGCUCUAUGUGACAUUGGUGCAAGAAUCAACUUAAUGCCUUUUUUAAUCUAUAAGAAGAUUGGAUUGGAUGCCCCUACACCGACCUCUAUGCAACUUCUUAUGGCAGAUCGGCCCAUCAAAAAGCUGAUGGGAAUUUUGUUUGAUGUCCUUGUUAAAGUGGACAAGUUCAUACUCCCGGUGGAUUUUGUAGUGUUAGAUUGUGAAAUAAACCAAGAGGUACCUAUCAUCCUUGGUCGUCCUUUCUUAUCCACCGGGAGAGCCAUUGUCGAUCUAGAAAUGGGAGAGAUAAAGUUUAGGGUUCAAGAGGAUAAAGUUUCUUUCAAAAUUUGCAAGUCAAAGAAAUAA